AUGGCUGCUGAAGUGCAAGAACAGCCUGCCUCCCUCUCCAAGGUCGACUCUGCCAUUGACGAUGCUCCAGCCUCGCCGAGCGAAAGCAAGCCUAAGCAUCGCAGAUCCAGCAGCACCGUCAGCGGUGUCUUCAGCAUUGUUGAUCUCGAGAAGGAGAACGUCGAUCUCAAGAUCGCUCCAGAGACCCAGAAGCUGAACUGGAAGAUCAACACAGCCACUUCGACCAUCGACGACAAGGAAGCACUGGCCAAGCUGCUAUGCCACCCCCUCAUCAAGAAGAUCGACCUGCACUUCCCUCUCGGGCUUGAAGUCACGGCCCGAAACAACAAGGGUGUGACCGUCAAGGACGCCUGUGAUGCCAUCUACAAGCAGUUCAAAAAGAAGGCCGACGACGAGCUAGAGGCCCCCUACCUCGCUGGAUUCGAGUGGGACCGUGAGGAAUGUUAUACCAAGUUCAUCGUGCACCAGAAGAAGACGGGCGAUGCGUCGAGCGGAGGCGGGUCCUCCAAGAAGAAGAAGGGCAAGGGUGGUGAUGAGGCAUAA